UAAAGCCAGCGUUAGUAAACACAGGCGGUCCGGAAUUCCGGACAGGGAACCGAAGACGAGGGUCGUGAUGCGCCCGCGCAGUCGGCGGCUUGUGCUUCGUCAGUGAGGCGGCCUCGACAUCGCAUUUGCUUAGCUGUCUUUACUGAUUGCAAUCACAAUGAAGAGUAAGCUGCUGUUGCUGGCCGUACUGGUCGCGGCGAUAUGCUCCACAGAGGCGGUGAUGAAGCGGCGGCGGCACCGUCGGCUGCGCACCACCAGCACCACGGAGCCGGCCAUGCUGGCGGCGGCGCGGCUGUUCCCUCCCUCGAUGCACGUGCAGCGAGAGGACUCCGAGGCGGAGCACCUCGAGCUCGGCAUGGCGGAGCGCCUCGACGAGAAGCGCUUCCAGGAAGCAGAGAGAGCCCGUGUCAAUGAAUUAAUGAAUGAAAUCCCAGACGAAGAAAAUGGCAACGAAAGCUUUCUUGAUGAUCCUUGCCUGAAGGUGCACUGCAGCGCCGGUCGUGUUUGCGAAAUCGAUGAACAUGGUGACGCUGUCUGUAAUUGCAUCAAGGAAUGUCCGUAUGAAACCGAUUCCCGCCGCAAGGUCUGUACAAAUGCCAACGAGACCUGGACAUCUGAUUGCGAAGUGUACAGACAACGGUGCCUUUGCCUCGACAACUCAGAGCUCUGCCGUGGACCCGAGUACAGUCACGUGCAAAUAGAAUACUACGGCGCUUGCAGGGAAAUGCCUGAGUGCACCGAAAACGAAAUGGCAGACUUCCCUCGGCGCAUGCGCGAUUGGCUGUUCAACAUCAUGCGUGACAUGGCUGAGCGUCGCGAACUUACCCCACACUAUCUGCGUAUGGAGCGUGAGGCUGAGUCCAACCUUACACGUCGCUGGACGAACGCCGCUAUCUGGAAAUGGUGUGAUCUCGACGCGCAUGACAAUGACAGAUUUGUGUCAGUUCACGAGCUUUUCCCAAUCCGGGCGCCUUUGAUGGCUCUGGAGCACUGCAUCGCGCCCUUCCUUAAAAGCUGCGAUGAAGAUAACGACCACCGUAUCACGCUUGCCGAGUGGGGCAAAUGCCUACAGCUGGAUGAGUAUGAAAUGGAAGAUCGCUGUGAUGAGUUGACGGAUGAAGAUGGCACUACGCCAGAAUGAGCAAUAAUAUAAAUCGCAAACAUUCUUAACAUACUUAACUCAAAAACACCCAUCUAUGAUUUAAGUAAGAAGAUAUUUUAGAUUUAAUUUAAACUACAUUCUAUUCUUGUUAAAUUAAAUGUGUUGCUUAAAAAAGUACUGCAAUAGCAACAGUGAAUAAUAGAGAAAGGUAGGAAAAAAAUUAGGUAAUUUUAAACUGCAACACUUAAAACUGCCUAAUAAUUUUGUAUGAUGGAUGCUUAUUUUGUCCAACAAUAGUUUGUAAGUAUGAACAUAUUGUAUGUGUGUAAAGUCUCAUUCAUUACUUUAAAAACUAUUGAUAUAAAAUUGUAACAU